AUGCUGUCAUCAGAUAUCGCGUUGAGGCCUAAUAAAUUUAUUACAAGAACAGUGGCAAGGCAUCGUACUGAUGCAUCCGGUUUACGGCAAACUAGUUACCAUACAUUUUCAUCGUCUUCCGAAGACUUGCGUCUGCGGUCAUUAGUCAGUUUACAGCGUCAGCACGUACAGACAUCAUCGGGAAGUCCACUUGAGCCUGGUUGCUUAACGUUCCAUGCUUCUCACAGAUCAACGGUUGACGGAGCAGAAAUAAUGUAUGGUUUUCGUAUCGUUCUUGCUUGA